AUAUUUGAAACCAAGCAUGCUAGUGAGUGUACAGGUCAGCCAGAAUUUGAUGUAGUAUUUAAGAUUAUGACUAAAGGCUAUAGCCUAAUGUCAAGGUUUCAUUUGUUCUGAAGAGAUUGAUUGACAAAAUGACCAUUUUUGAAAAGCCACAGUUCAAAACUUUCAUUGUGUUAAUAAUGGUUAUGAUUUUGUAUGUGUUUAGUUAUGGAGUUGCUGGAGAUAACACCACAACACCAGUACCAGUUGUAGAUAAAGUAAAAGAGCAGUGUCUCAAAUUAAUUAAAUUAUAUACUUUACAAAGGAAGGAAUAUCGCAUUCCUUCUGCAUGUCGAAAAUAUGAACAGGUUUCAAAUGUGACAGCAGCAAGUCUUUUAGCAGAAAUAAAAAAACCUACAAGUAGCAAGGAACACAUUCACCAAAUUAUUCGACAUCCAUCGUUUCCUUCUAGGCUUAUUAAUUCUUUUGUUUUACUCUUACUUAAUGAGACAACAAAUUUGAAAUCAGAAGCAAGAGAAGUGGCCACUGAAGCUCUUUUGGAGAAAAACAGCAACUUUCAAGUUCCAAGGCAGAUUGCAUUAAAAGAUAUCUUGUUUUUAAAUCGUCUUGUGAUGUAUUUGCCAGGAUACUUUAUCACAAGAAUGUCACAUGAUGCAUUUGACUAUCUGAUAGACACCAUCCAUAACUUCACAAUCUCAAAUUCAGCAGCAACACCAAUGACAUUGGUUACAGAACAUAUCCUGGAUGACCCCAUGAGGCAUAGAAGUUUAUGUACAAAAGCCUCAUCUAUGAUGACUAAGAGUAAGAGCAUGAUAAAUGAUCAUGUAAAGAAGAUUUUCUAUUUGAUGAACUGUCUUCCAGCUUCUAUUUGUUCAUCUCUGUCAGUGAAUGUGAUACAAUCAAAUCUUCAAUUGUUGAUGUCUGUACCAUGGAGUCAAUCCUGUGCUUUAGAUACCGUCUCAGAAGACAAGCGAAAACGUUUGAAAGAGCAUAAUUUGAAAGCUGCAGUUCAGAAAGGGUCUGGAUGUGCCAGAAAAAUUGCCAAUAAACUCUUAGAGAAUGACAUAGAUACCAGCAAAUGGGAUGAUAUUAAAAAAAUUAGUCCAAUUUUGAUUUGCAUGUCGGAUACAGAAGUUAAGAAUGUUUUGAAUAAAGUAGAUUGUACACAAGCAAAAGAUGGCCUUCUCCAAAUGGACACAGAUAACUCUAAAGCGGUUAUGAAAGCUAUUGCUUCGAGAUGUGUUUUUAAGACUGUACAAGCUUCAGAACUUACCUGUAAUGAGCUUAAAAACUUCGCCAGUUUCUUAACCAGUGUACCACUAAGUUUUUUAAGAUCUGUGCCGAAGACUGCCCUUUGUGGUAAUGACUGCCAAAAGGUGUUUUUCAAGGGUGUUGGUAAUUACACAAUGCCAUCAUUAAUUAAAAAUUAUGUUUUGAAGACAUGUGGUUUAAUUGGUCCCCUUGAUUCUGCUGCUUUGAGUCGUUUAGGUGGUAUGGUUAUUAAAUUGCCAAUGAACAAACUUAAAACUUUAUCAGCUACAGACUUGGGUAAUAUUUUAUCAGAUGUAAAGACCUCGAUGAAAACUGACAUGAGGAAGGAUCCAAGAAGGAAUGUUAUGAUGCGUAAUAUGGCUAAAAAGUUAUUAGGUGCUGGCACAAUAAGCAGAAUUGCAGAUAAUAGAGAUUUUAUGAGACAGCUUUCCUUGAAAGACUUGAAAUCUGUUCAAGAUGUUUCUAGUAUUUACAAGUCCAAUACGACAAUUGAUUUACCAGAUUCUCAGAAUAAAUUUUUCAUGAAAAAGGUUUUGGAAACUAAAAGAAUAGAUAAUAUGUCGGCAGCAGAUGUAAGGGAAAUGAAGUCAUUGGUAAAAGGUCUAAUAUCAAAGCAGAUAUCUGAAUUUAAUCCAAUGUAUAGAAUGGAGAUUGCUGCCGCAUUAUGUGAACAGACAAAUUGGCCAAUGAAAUCGAUCCGUGCUAUUAAUCGCAAUCUCAUUGUUGAAAGUUUAAAAGGAAAAGCAAGUACAGCUCCUAUGAAAAUCUUUACUGCAAUGGAUGUUGAAAAUUUGGGCUGCGAAUGUUUGCUACACUUUAAAUCUGAAGAAUUAAAAGAAAUGACGUAUGAAGCAUGUACUACUACCUGUACAGCCAUAGGAUCAUGUCCGAAAUUCAAAUGCCUCAACCCACAACAAAGAAGGAGUGUGCUUAAUGCUUGUUUGACUUGUAUGAACUUAACCUCAAGUCAGUUAUCUGUCGAAGACAUUUCAUCGCUCGGUCCUAAUCUGGUGCAGCAACUAACUUCAUCUGAAUUUGAUAAUAAAAUAAGUGCUUCCAUAAUCAGCAGCUUACUCAGCUACUUCCAAGGUGGUUGCAUAACUGUGGAUCUUCGAAAUGCCUUGAAGAAGAAGAUACUUGAAGGAAAGGGAAAUACAUCAACAUUUGAUAUGACAGUAUUUGAAGAACUACAGGAACUUAUUAUGAUCUUCACUGAAGAAGAGCAAAAAGAUAUGGAUAUGGCUGCUUUGAAUGGAGUUACUGAAAAUAUUUUGAAAGUAUUGAAUCCUACAGAAAAUACAGAUAUUGAGAUUCAGAAGUGUUGUGAUCGGUGGAUGUCGAAACAAGAUAAAGCUAUAAUUAAAUCAAGUAUUAAAAGUCUCUAUUCAACAAUAAUGAAAGCCAAAAGAGCUGCAUUUGAGUCAACAAACAGUAGGAAAAAAAGACAAACAGAGACUUGGACCUGUAGUGAUAUACAGAGUGUCGGGCAAGCUUUUACUGAUAUUUCUGUUUCUGAAUUACUAGCAAUAAGUAAUACUGAAUUUUCCAGUUGUAUUCAACAUCUGGGAACUUUAACAGGCUGGACUUCAGAUCAGCUUAAUGUAUUAUACAACAGAACAGAAAAUUUACUAGCUAACAGCUGUAAUAUGACAGAAAGUGAAAUAAGUUCCAUUGGAAAUAUUGCUUUGGGAAUGACAGUAACAGAUAUUAAUUGUCUAAAUAUGACGUCUGAUGAUGCAGUUUCUGCUUUAGGUAGCCUCUCAGUUUGGACUACUGCACAGCUAACAGCUUUAGCUGAGCAAUGCAAAUCUGAUAGAAUAAUUUCUGUUUCCUCUUUGUCAUCUGAUGAUCUAACUGCAUUAGGACAUAUUUUAUGUGGUUUUCGAGCAUCUGAGUUAAAUACUAUUAAUGCAACUGCAGUAAGUAAUUGUGGUUCCCAGUUAGGAUCAUUGUCACCAUCAGUUUGUUCAAUAAGUCAUAUCCAAGCUUUAACAAGUGUUGUACUUCAACCAUCAGGUUAUGGUCAUUCCAGUACCUGGGAUGCAGCUGUAUUCAGUGAGCUUGGAAUUUUAAUUGCCGGAUUAUCUAGCAAUAAUUUUGCAAAUAUGUCCAUUUCUGCUAUUGAAGGGAUGUCAGUAACAGCUAUACCUAAUAUUCCAUCCUCAGCUCUAAAAGCAAUGUCAGUUGCUCAGUUACAAUCGUUCAGUUCACAACAAGCUAUAGCAGUUACACAAUCUCAGCGUGCUGCAAUGUCUAUUGAUCAGAGAAAUGCUCUGUCUACAGCUGCUUAUGGUGAUUUUGCAAACCUUGCAUCAUCCAAGUCAGGAACAGGCUCGACCUCACCAGUAGUAGUACAGAUGACAUUAACAGUUAUCAUGGGAAUCCUCUGUCUGUGCUUAUUUUUGCCCAGUUAAUCAUUAAGAUAUUAUUAUUUAUUAUAGGCUAUUUGACUAAAUAUACAUUCAUGUGCUCAUUGAAGUAAAAACACACUACGUUAGGCCAUAAAUAAAAAAUUUCUGGUUCUCAGAUAAUCUGACAUAAAAUAGUCUCAUUAAUAUUACUGCAUGUAAAUGUUUUUGGCAUAAACAUGACUUUAUGCUGGUUAUAACAUUUAUUAAAUAUACAGUAAACUUCGCAUAAGUCGAAUUUAAGUGGACUGACCAAUUUUAUCUGAGUUAAGGAAAGAUCCGAGUUAGCCAAAGACCAAAAUUCAAUCUUAGCUCGAUUAGAAAUAAAGUGCAAGAGCUGAUAAUAAUUGAUUCAAAGGCACAUUUCAAGCUUUUGUUCGUAUGUGCGAGUAGAUAGCUUCCGUUUUGUCGCCAUCUUUGAAAAAUGUCUCGAACAGCAGACAGCGGUUUCAAAUUUUCUGUGAAAAUUAUAUUAUUGCGUUGCAUAAAAUAGUAUUUUGGGGCUCUGUGCAUGGAAUACCUAAUCGCGUUUUAGACCAUCGAGACGAAACUGACAGUCAAAUUCUGAACAUACUGCUGAUCCGAUUUAGGCAAAGGAAAAAAGUCGGAAUUAGAUCAAAUGGUCCAAACGAUUUUAUCCGAAUUGAGCAAAGAUCCGACUUAUACGAAUCCAACUUAUGCGAGGUUUACUGUAAUUCAUUUUAUUGCCCAUUUCUUCCUUCCUUUAUUGUAUAAAAUUUAGUAAAAUGGGCAAAAUUUAUGACUACCUGUUUGGGUGCCAAAAGUGUCUUUACCCACCCACAGGUGCUGAGAACCCUUGUAAUGCUACUACAUGAAAUGAAAGGUUACAAGUUGUAUAAAUGAUCUCAGAAUGAUGAAUGUAAUUGAUGUCCCUUCUAUAAGUAUAAUACACUGCAAACUUAUGUCAACCUGAUAUAACAGUUUCUCUUUUAAAGAUGCAUUAUGUCUGAAUUGGAAAAACAGUUGGCCGUUUUUGCUAUAAUAGUUCAAAAAUAUAUAAAGAAAAAUGAAUAUACUGAAAAUUUCAGUCAAAUUACUUUAUUCUGUGCUAAGUUGUGAGUGUUUGAAGAUAUGACAAAAUCUAGCAUAGAUUAUUAUCUUAGCAACAGUACUUGUUGAUUGAGACUAGUGUAGAUUAUCUAUUUUAUUGUUAAACUCUCAAUGGCCGCAGUGCUAUUAUCUGCUUAAAACCGUAGCUAUCCAACAAUCCUGAGUUAAUUAUGGGUUUGUCAUAUUAAUAAAUGCUUAAUUGAUAAUUUAUAUAACAUUUAAAGAAAGACCUGCAAUAGGCAGAUUUAGCUCUUACAUAAUGCAUCUUUAAACAUACAUUAUGCAAGAGCUAAAUCUGCCAAUUGCUUGUCUUUCUUUAGGACUGAAAUGUUAUCUAUAUUUUUAAUUAAGACAUUAACUUAUCCAGACCAUAAUCGACUCUUAAUGUCAUUGCUAGCCUGCGAUAUAUACUGGAUUAUAAUCCGAUCUGCUGCUCAAUGCCCAUUCAUGAUUAAAUCAAAAAAUGGAUAAUCAAUUCUAGGCCCAAAAUUCAAUUGCUAAAUUCUCGAUUCAGAGUGGAUCAAUUUGACUGAAAUUUUCAGCAAAUUCCCUUUACAUUAUCUAGUUUUUAACUAUUAUAGUGAGAACUACCAGCUCUUUAUCUAAUCUCCCAUAAUAUACAUGUAUCUAUAGCUGAACUAUAUGAAGUGUACUUUGUUUGCUUGAAUAUACUGAAUAUUUUUUCACAUACAAUAAAAGGUUA